AUGGUACACAAUCUAACGAAUCCAAAAGUCACUUGUAAUCCUCAACUUCAAGUUGUCACUGAAAGGAACAAUCCUCAACAGAGUCAAAAUGAGUUUUGCUGCGAUCAGCAACCCCGUCUAUCACUAGCGCCAGUGUCAACAUCAAACAGAGUUCCUCCAAACGCCGACUCUGAUAUAUGUACUGCAGUUAGUACUGCAGUGGAAACAAGUGGCUCGACCUCUAGUGUCAGAGACAUUUGCAGUAGAUAUCCUGAUAAUGACUCUCGCAAUGAUCCAUACUCUCCUCUUGGGGGUAGUAUUACUGAAGGCUCAUGUAACGACAGCCAGCUAGCAUUCCACAGGCAUACAAAGAAACCUAGCUAUAAGAUUAUCUGCCCUGACUUUAACAAUUUCCUUGGGAGACACGUCCCUCUUUCAGUCAUAGUUCAGGAGAAGAGUCAACUUCCGAAGCUCAGUAUUCAUGAACCAUAUCAACUGAUCUUCUACAACAGGUCAAAGAUCUUGAAACUAGAGGCUGGACAUGCUGACAAUCACAUCAAAGAACACCUACAAGCCCUAACCAAGUUCGCGAAGGAAACGAGCCCCCUUACCUGGGAAAAACAAGAUGAGAUAGAUCAGAGACGGUGCUACAAGAUAACCUUCAGCGACCUUUGGCUCCUCUACCCACCAGGGGCGACAGUGUUUGACAGGGGCGACGGAGCUUGGAGGGCUUAUAAGGUCGACAGAGUGGAGACCUACACCGAAUCUCACCCGGGAAAGAUGCUAAUCUACUGCUGGUUCCUUGAUUUUGACAAGACUGGACAGUGGCUAGUGCCGCAUGUCAAGGUGUUCCACGUCAAUUCGUAUUCUUCAGAGCGUCUGAUCGAAAACCUUGAAGUCCUGCCCAGCUGGUAUUGCCCCAGCAUCGAAAAUAAGCUCAUUGAGCGGGGACAGUCAUAUUGGAGCUAUGGUCGGAAAGUGUCCUACAAACAGUACGAUGGCUAUGCCUGGCCAAGGACGUCUCAAGAGAGCCCAAUCAAUGUCAUCGUAGACUACGUCACAUCCAGCAAACAUGAGCAAGCCAGCCACCUAGACGAGCCACAUUAUACUGGGAUUGCAUGUUCUAUCUGUAAGGGGAACUAUGUCUCUCUCAAAUCAUAUCCCAUUGAUGUUCCUCACGACAGCGACAUAUGUGGGACUGAACGACCAGUGAGCCUUACCAGUGAUGAUAAAGAGGUGCUGAUGUUUUGCCCGGCCCAGUUAUGGGCCUUCUCUCUCACACACAAGUCCUGGAACCUGGUUUCACUGUCGGAGUUACAGGACGUUGGGACUCGGGAUGAGCCAUUGACAAAGUUACAGAUGGAUGGAGAUAAGAAGAAAGUUCUUGAAGACUUAGUAUCUACCUACCUUCAGAAUGGGUCAGGAAAUGCCAGUCCCGGCCGCAUUCAAGGGCCUAGUCAAGGAUUCAACAUCCUUCUGUCUGGAAACACUGGAACUGGGAAGACACUAGCUGUUGAGUCCCUUUGUGAAAAGAAGAAGGUCCCACUUUACACGUUGACAUGCAAAGAGCUGGGAUAUGAUACUGAUGACUUCGAGGACCGCCUCCAACAGGCCUUUAUCCGUGCUACAAAUUGGCGCGCCAUCUUGUUACUAGAAGAGGCUGAUACCCUGGUUAGACACCGCGAAAAUUCUAGUCAGCACUGCGCGAUUGUGUCCAGCUUUCUUCGGAGGCUGGACUGUUCGCACGCCAUGGUCUUCAUGGCCACUAACAGGGUGAAAGGAUUCGACUCAGCGCUGCUAUCCAGGAUUGACACGGGGUUGGAAUUUCCUGAUCUGGACUUCUCGGCCCAGAAGGCGAUCUGGAUAGACAUCAUCAAUCGUCUCCCUAAUGCCACUCACAUCGACAAAGCAGAACUCGCGUCGUGGGUGAAGACCAGCCUAGAGAAGCUGGACGGAGGCGUGUACACCGAAAUGAAUGGCAGGGAGAUUAGAAACUGCAUACAUGCUGCUACUGCGGUAGCGCAUAAUAAUAAGAGAACUCUCAAGUCCUUUGAUAUUCAAAACAUGCUGAAUCUGGGAGAAAGCUUCAAGGGUUAUUUGAGUCGAUUACCGAAGGGUAGAGCAUUGCGGAAUAGGCAAGGGGAUUUGGCGCAGAGAUUGUUAGCGAACUGA